AUCAGCCCGUGUAUGAAAAUGAGUCAGCCCUGAACCUGUAUGAGACCUGCAAGGUGCGGACCGUGAAGGCAGGCACGCUGGAGAAGCUGGUGGAGCACCUGGUGCCCGCCUUCCAGGGCAGCGACCUCUCCUAUGUCACCAUCUUCCCGUGCACCUACCGAGCCUUCACCACGACCCAGCGGGUCCUGGACCUGCUGUUCCAAAGAUACGGGUGCAUCCUCCCUUAUUCCAGCGAGGACGGCGGACCUCAGGACCAACUGAAAAAUGCCGUCUCCUCCAUCCUGGGCGCCGUACUGGCUGGACCAGUACUGGACCAGUACUCCGAGGACUUCUGUCAGCCCCCGGACUUCCCAUGCCUCAAGCAGCUGGUGGCCUACGUGCAGCUCAACAUGCCCGGCUCCGACCUGGAGCGCCGCGCCCACCUUCUCCUGGCCCAGCUGGAGCGCACAGAGCUCACCAAGGCAGAGCCGGAGGGUGAGGAGCGGGGUCGGUGCUGGGCACGCAGGAGCCCCCGGGGCUGCCUCGGACCGCCCACGUGGGGACCGCUGGCGGGGAGACGUCCUGUCUCAGAUCCUGGCUGGAGCCUCUGUAAAAGGCCGCGGGCUGUUUCCUUUGCUUGCAAAGGCACGUGUGUGAGGCAGGCACGUGGAUCUCCUCCUGCACCUUCACUGCCAUCUCAGGAUCUAGAACUGGCUCCAGCACCAGCCCCUGUGCAAUCUGAAGACCUAGAUCCAGCUGCAGAAGCAGCAACAGAACUAAAGCCAGAUCCAGAGCUGGAGGCGUUUCCAUCAGUGGCUGGAGGGACACCUUGAGCGGCGGCACCGGAGUGGGAGCCAACAUCACAGUCAGUUGCAUCAGCACCUCUGCCUCCAGGGCCCGCGGCUGCACCUGCUCCGGAGGAGACCCAGAGCCGGCUCGGCACCCACUACCCCUGCGGGGAGAACGAGCUCUGGCGCCACGCUCAGCGUCAGCUCCUGACCCACUUCUACCCGCUCCCCCCACCCCCGAACUUCCCUUCCCCUCCCCUGUUACUGUUUCUGAUUUGGUUUUUAAUUUUAUGUUUUCAUUUCACAUUAUUUAUGGUGUCUUUUACGUCUUCAUAUAACCAAGUUUAAUUUUUUAAAUUUGAAAUUGUGCAUUUCAGGAGCAUCGAGUAUAUUCACAGUUCUAUGCAACCUUCCCCAGGGUCUCGGGCAGACUGUUUCACUCCCCAGAAGGAAUCCCUGAGCCAAAGCGCUCAUGCCCCAUUCCUCUCUCCCCCAGCCCCCGACAACCUGUAAUCUGCUUUCUGUCUCUGUGUCUUUACCUGUUCUAGAUGUUUCCUAUAAAUGGAAUUAUACAAGGUGGCUUUCUGUGUAGGCCACAUAUUUUAAGAGGGGAGUAGUUAAUUUUUGUUUUCUUUUUUUACUUCAAAAUAGCAUUUUUAUUAUAUGAAAGGGAAAUGCCAGAUGGAUUAAAGAUGGGAUGUACAAAU